UUAAUUCUGUACUCAUGCAUUCACUAAUCCCACACUCAGCCAUGGAAGCCCUUCUUUUCCAAUACCUAGCCAUUGUUGCCUUCAUUAUCAUCCUUUACAAGUAUUUAUGGUCAAGGCCCAAGAGCCCCCAACCCCCUGAACCAUCUGGUGCUUUACCCAUCAUUGGCCACCUCUAUAUGCUGCUAAGGGGUGGAGUAACCCUUGCCCGAUCACUUAGUGCCUUUGCCGACAAACAUGGCCCAAUUUUCACAAUUCGUCUCGGCGUUAAUAGAGCCUUUGCAGUGAGCAGCUUGGAUCUGAUCAAGGACUUCUUCACCAUCCAUGACAAGGCCUUUGCCACACGCCCACCAAGUGCUGCAGGCAAAUACAUGGGCUACAAUUAUGCUUUCUUUACCUUUGCCCCUCAUGGCCCCUAUUGGCGUGAUAUCAAGAAGAUGGUCACCCUUGAACUCCUCUCCAAGAACCGACUUGAAAAGCUCAAGCACGUAACAGCGGCUGAGGUUAAUGCAUGCAUCAAAGAGUUAUACUCAUAUUGGGCUGAGGAUAAGGGUGGUGCUGCUCCAGUUCCCGUGGAGAUAGAUCGUUGGUUCUGUCGCUUGAAUUUCAAUGUCAUCACCAAGAUGAUCGCGGGGAAACGAUAUUUCAAUACCUUUGAUGAUGCCAAAGACAAGAAUGAAGCUCAGGAAUUCGAGGAAAAUAUUGAGGAACUUGUAAGGUUGAGUGGGAUCCUCGUCCCGUCGGAUUUGGUGCCUUUCCUGGAAUGGAUGGAUUUGGGAGGACAUUUGAAAGCCAUGAAAUCUGUUGCUAAGAAACUUGACAUUCUAAUUGGGAAGUGGCUGGAAGAUCAUCUUCAUCUUCAUAAGAAUAAGCAGAAACUUUCAUCAGGUGAUGAGGAGGCACAGGAGGACUUUAUGGACCUGAUGCUAUCAAUAUUGCCCGAGAAAAAAUUGAUGCAUGGUUAUGACCGUGAUACUGUCAUCAAAGCAACUGUACUGACUCUUAUCGUAGGUGGCACCGACACAACGUUCAUAGCCUUAACAUGGGCCCUAGCCUUACUCUUGAAUCAUCCCAUAGUGUUAAAAAAAGCCCAAGAUGAGUUGGAUGCUUAUGUUGGCAAAGAUAGAAACGUGGAUGAAUCAGAUAUUAAGAACCUCGUCUACCUUCAAGCCAUUGUUAAAGAGACACUACGCUUAUAUCCACCUGGACCUGUAUUGCCACGUGAGGCCAUGGAAGACUGCCAAUUGGGUGAAUAUCAUGUCCCCAAAGGCACACCUUUGUUUGUAAACGUAUGGAAACUGCACCGAGACCCUAGUGUGUGGUCAGACCCUGAUGAGUUCCAACCUGAAAGAUUUCUCACAUCCCAUGCAGACGCAGACUUCAAGGCUCAACAAUUCCAGUAUAUCCCAUUCAGUGCCGGUAGGAGGCUAUGCCCUGGUAUCACCUUGGCCACACAGAUCUUCCACUUGACACUUGCUCGUCUUCUCCAUGGAUUUGAUAUUAUGACCACUUCGCAUGGACCAGUGGACAUGACUGAAGCUAUAAGCCUCACCUUACCUAGAGCAAACCCUCUUCAUGUUCUUCUCACCCCACGCUUGCCUUCUAAGCUCUAUGAAAACUAGACUCGAAAGAGUUCUAAUAGGAAAAAGUGAGAGUGCAUCUCUUGUGAUAGGGAUAUCGUAUGGUUUGUUUUCAUAAAGAAUCCUAUAGUAGAUAGAUUCCCUUGUUGUAACUUUGUUUUACUUUCUCUGUUGUAUCUUAAUAAGUUUAUCUAAAUUCUAUUGUAGUCUUUCUCUCU